AUGAUUCAAACAGCAUCGCAGCAUCAGGCCGACAUCACUGACUCACUCGUUCACCUCGAAGUGCGACUGGAUGCAGCCUUUAAAAAAUUCAACCUAAUGGAGAGGAUGAAAAGAGUGCCCCCUGCAAUGCCGCCACAGGUGAGCAAACAGACGCUUGGCGAGAAGAGGCAAGAGGGAUCCCCCAAAGGCAACCCGACCAUACAAAAGGCACGCCACUCUACCUUAAGCCCUCCCGGGCCUAGAGCCACCUGGGGAAUACCCCCGAAGCACAGAUGCAGAAGUGAACAACAUGCCGAAGCCAACGUGGUAAAGCCCCCUGCAACCUUCCAACUGGGAAGAAUUUGGACUCAAAGAGGACCCACGUUCGUGGCAACAUGGUGCAGGCUCUAG